CCAAUAAACAGAAAGAAGAAGGAAGCUGGAGAUUUUCCAAAGAUACUCAGAAGAUCUGGAAUAACGGAGAGGUUCGCAGACUGAAGACGGAUCAGGACUUUAGGUUCAACUUCACUCAGAGACAAAAUGGCUUCCAGAUCAGAGGAGAAUCUCUGCUGUCCAGUCUGCCAGGACAUCUUUGUUGACCCGGUUGUUCUGUCAUGCAGUCACAGUUUCUGUAAGGAAUGUCUGAAGAACUCCUGGAGAGCAAGACCUGGACGUUCAUGUCCUGUUUGUAGGAAAAGAUCUGACAGAGAAGAUCCUCCAGUUAGUCUGACCCUGAAGAGACUCUGUGAAUCAUUCUUACAGCAAAAAUUCCAAAAUGCUUCAGAGAGUCUCUGCAGUCUGCACUCUGAGAAACUCAAACUCUUCUGUCUGGACCAUCAGCAGCCAGUUUGUCUCAUUUGCAGAGAUUCAGAAAAACACACCAACCACAGAUUCAGACCCAUCGAUGAAGCUGCUCAGCAACACAAGAAGAAACUUCAGGAAACUCUGAAACCUUUGAAGAAGAAACUGGAGCUGAAGAAGGAAGUUAAAGAAAAGUUUGAUCAGACAGCAGAACACAGGAAGGUCCAGGCCCGACACACAGAGAGGCAGAUUGUUGAGCAGUUUAAAAAGCUUCAUCAGUUUCUAGCAGAGGAAGAGGAGGCCAGGCUGGCUGCACUGAGGGAGGAAGAGGAGCAGAAGAGAGGGAUGAUGAAGGAGAAGAUGGAGGCUCUGAGCAGAGAGAUAGCAGCUCUUUCAGACACAGUCAGAGCCACAGAGGAGGAGCUGAGAGCUGAAGACGUCUCAUUCCUGCACAUCUACAAGGCUGCAGUGGAAAGAGUCCAGCGCUGCCCCCUGCUGGAGGAUCCACAGCUGCCCUCAGGAGCUCUGAUAGACCAGGCCAAACAUCUGGGCAACCUGGCCUUCAACAUCUGGAGCAACAUGAAGAACAUGGUGACCUACACUCCUCUGGUUCUGGACCCAAACACGGCGAAUCCAAAACUCCUGCUGUCUGAUGAUCUGACCGGUUUGACUUUAGGAGAUGAACAGCAGCUUCCUGAUAAUUCAGAGAGGUUUGGUUACGCUUGGUCUGUUCUGAGCUCUGAGGGUUUUAACUCAGGGAACCACAGCUGGGAUGUUGAUGUUGGAGACAGUGAAGACUGGGAACUUGGUGUGUUAGCUGAGUCUGUCCAGUGGAAGGGGAAGGUAGAGUUUGGAUUGUUGGUUAUGCAGUUCUAUAAAGAUAAAUAUUCAGCAUGGUCUCCACCUGCUCCUCUCAUAUUUCUCUCAGUCCAGAAGAAACUCCAGAGGAUCAGAGUGAAUCUGGACUGGGACGGAGGAAAGCUGUCGUUCUCUGAUCUGGACACUAACACACACAUACACACCUUCACACACACCUUCACUGACAGGAUGUUUCCUUUCUUCAACACUGAAGAUCCUCUCAAAAUUCUACCGAUGAAGAUCUCAGUGAGCAAACAUCAGCUCUGAUGUCGUCAACAUGAAGAACUCAAACUGCAAAUGAAACCUUAUUGGUCAGAUUUAAACUCUGUGAUUUAAACAGGAAACUGGAGAUGAUCUGUUUAAAACACAGAUCAUCUCCAGUUAGUCUGACUGUGAAGAGACUAACUGGAGUCUCUUCAGUGUUUCUGGAGACGGUGAAUACUGGGCACUUGGUGUGUUAGAAGAGUCUGUCCAGAGGAAGAUAUUCAUCUGGAAGAAACUCCAGAGGAUCAGAGUGAAUCUGGACUGGAUACUAACACACACACACCUUCACUGACAGGAUGUUUCCUCUCUACAUCACAGAGGAUAAAGCAAAAAUCUUACCGAUGGAGAACUGAGUGAUCAAACAGCAGCUCUGAUGUUCUCAAAGGAAUUUCCUCCGAUGUUUGAGGCUGCGGUGUCCAUUGGCACCAUUGGUGCGUCACUAUUAUUACGACACAUUAAGGUGACCAGUUACUCUGCUGGGAAUCAAUCAAUAAUAUGAAUAUUUUUAUUUUAUUUGUUAUUUUUUUAAGCCAUGUCUUCUUCUUUUCCGGUACAUAUAAACAUGCAGCAACUUGGGAAUAAAACUUUUUCUGCUCA